AUGAACAACAAAGGGUUUGACGAAGGUUCACUAGUGUGGUUACACAAUCCAAUUCGCAGUAAAGGGAAAUCUCCUAAGCUUCAAGCUAAAUGGGACGGACCGUACCGGAUUGAGACAAGGAUCAAUGACGUAACAUACCGGAUACAGAAAUGUGCCAGAGCAUGUAAUAUUCCACUUUGCCACUAUCCCUGCUUUGAAAAGUAUCAUAAUAAAAAAGAUUUCACAGUGUAG